AUGUGGAAAUUGAUUGGGAACGCAGUUGGCACAAAAAAACUACCAAAGCCGAACGCCAGCUGCUUGUGCUCGAGGCUGCUGCCGCUUCUCAAUCUCCAAAAGUGGAGACCUGUCCAUAGUUCAUUUUGGUUCAACUUCUCGAGUUUCUUCGGGAUGGAUGUGUGGGUAUUGUUCAUGACCCUAGCGCUUCUUUGCGGUUCGCUCCACUUGCGACUCACCCAGAGCGAUUGGGUGACGUUGCGUCGAUGGAUUGCAUCUGUCAUAGAGCCUGAGGUGCUGGAUGCGCUGAAGGAAGCGCGUGUGAAGGAGGAGAUGGUGAAGCUUCGCCAAAGGCAUUGCAGGUUGCUCAAUCGCUGCUUCUCUCACAUUGUAUUUGUGACCAGUCUUGGCUUGCUUCACCAAGCUCUCACGGCACCUGGGCUCGACACAAUUACUUGGGCCAGUGUCGCAGUCAUCUCUUAUUUUCCAUUGGCGAUCGUCGGGGAGGACUCGUUGAGUGUGACUCCCACGCAACUCAAACUGAUCACCUGGUUCAUGCACUUUCUGCAGCUGCCGCUCAUUCUAACUUCCGGAGCCUCUGGAAGCCCUUUUGCUUUCGCGGUGAGGCAAGGCCUGGUGACGGUAAGCAGCUUUUCCUUGGGCAUUCUUUUUCUAGAUCCUUGGGUCUCCAUUCCUUUUCAGCUGGUGCAUUCUGCUGCAGAAUUUGCAGUUCAUCUUUCUUAUUUUGAGAUGCACCGUGUGCACAUGGGGCUACUACUAAUUGCCCAAUUCUUCACCUUCGCAAUCCACAUCGCAUGCAUGGCAUUCAUUGACGUUGUGUUGCGACAGCGCAUCAAUGCCCAAUUGGAAACUGCUGACGCGGAGUCCUUGGUAUCCAGUUUCCGAAGGAUGCUGCGAGGUGUUUGUGAUGGCGAGGUGCUUCUAGAUGGCCAGAUGAAUGUGGCACAGGAGAGUGAAGGUUUGAGGCAUUUGAUUCUCACCACAGUGAACUUGAAGGGCAGGUCAUUUGAGCGAUUGCUGAUUGAUGAGGAAUGCACUCGUUUCACCAGGUUCAUCCAAUCAUCCACUGAGGCAUUUCUCACACCGAAGCCGGCGGUACCACCCGGUUGCUUGCGGACUUCUUUGCGAGGAUCUGCUGGUAUCAGGGUUGCUGCGGAUGUUUUUCAUGUGCCCAUUCCAGGUCUUUUUGGGGCUGCGGAGCCAUAUCAUCUCCUGGCUUUCAAAGAGGACACGGAGUCUCGAGCUCAUCCAGAAGCAAAUGAAGAUUCAGUUCCUGCCGAACUUUUGAGCAGACAGCCGCGUCAAGCUCAUCGGCCGGGUUCUAGGCCUGGCUCCACUUCGAUGCUUUCUGGAAGCACAGGCAAAAGUUCAUUUCAAGGAUUUUCCGAGCUGAAGGAGAUGACGUUACUGGUGGAUGCGGGAACAGAUCUUCAGGAUGUGGAGCAGGCACACUUGAGGUUCAUUCGCCAGGAAGUCUCGGAUGCUUCUUCAGCCUUGCAUUCUGGCAUGCCCAGCUUGCGCAGGUUGGUCAAACCUUUGAUGUGGGAGAAGUUCCAGCGCAGAGUGGUGAGAUUCGCGGAGAGGUCUUCGCGUGAUCCAUUGACUCCACCCAAAGGCCUGGAGGGGCUCACGCUGCAGUGGCCCGGUCAAGAUGGGUGGUUGGUGGCAGACGAUGCCUUCUUGAAGCCCUUUCCCGGUGCAUCGAAUGAGCGGAAGGUUUGGCUGCACUUGCAGGGUCUCCAUCCAGAGAAGCAACACCUGCGCGCAGAGCCGGUCUUGCACGGCAUUCCAGAAAGACAAACAGCGGGCCCUAGAAAACCGCAGCCACUGACGUGA